GAUUGAGUGAGUCAGUUGCGAUCAAUGUCACUGCUGUGCGUAGUAUCGUAAGUCGCCAAACUUACAAUGAUCAGACUAAUUUUACUUGAGGAAUCGUGAGAUUCCAUCCAACCUCUGCCUUACCUCGAGUAAGCAACAGCCUGCACGGCUUGCGUAAGCCAUGGUCAGAGGCUCGGUUAUCGGAUGGAUAGGAUGAAUUGCUGCCCCGCCUGAAAUUUCACACUUCAUUUAGUAAAGAAAGCCUGUGACAAAUCAUUCCGUAUCAUGGCUGGCCACUUCCGCUACUCAGUGUGGGACCCAUUUCUCAUCAUAUCUCAAAUGAUUACGCUUCAGUGCAUGUACUAUGUCGGACUAGGCUUUUGGAUAUGCUUCCUCGACAUUGUCACCGGCCAAGUGUUGUCGCUCGAUCAACUAUUUUCCUACGAGGCGGUGCACAUAAAGGACAUGCGGGGGCGGUGCAUAAUAGGAUCCUAUAUCAUUAACUCGCUGUUCGCGUCCCUUGGUCUGUGGUACUUUGUUCAAAGGACAAAGCAAUGCCUUGACUUCACGUGCACAGUGCAUUUUUUCCACCUCAUUGGCUGCUGGAUCUACAAUGCAGCCUUCCCACACACACUGUCCUGGUGGCUGCUCAACACAGCUUGUGUGACAGUCACCUGCGUCUGCGGUGAAUUCCUCUGCAUCAGGACUGAAAUGAAAGCAAUUCCACUGAGCCUGUCACCUAAGGCUGACCUCUGAAAUGGACUUAGAGGCUCACUAUUUAUUUAAAAGUCACUGGCCACGUUUUCGAUACUAGAAAAAUAAAGCAGGUGCCGUAGGA